CCUCCAAGACCAGCAGACCCAGGGGCAGACACAGCCCAGAAAUUGUACUGGUCCCAACCCACAGCUGAGGCAGGGGAGGAGCUCCGGGGAGAUACAUCCAUGCCAGUGCUGUACAGCCCUGAAUGGGAGGCCUCCAGCCCUGCGUCUCCUCCUGCUCCUGUUUGACCUCUGACCUUUGGGAGGGGAGUGUCCUCGGACACCAGUUUCUCCACCCAUUGUGUCAUGUGUUGCUAUUGGGCAAAGAGAAAUUGAGGUUCUGGGGAUGGAGAUGUGAAGAGGGAAACCAGUGGCUUCUCAGAGAAGACUCAGAAUGUGCAACAACCCCCUCCUCCAAGGCAGCCCCUUUAAGCUGGGGUGUGAGACAGAGGCCUGACUACAGCAAGAGACCAUGCAGAUGAGGAAUCCUUCUCCAUGAGGGGUUCCUAGCAGGGCAGCCUGGCAUCCAGCCCCGGAAGAACCCAGACCUUUGUUGCGCCUCACCUGUUUCUAUUUGUGGCCUGCAGGGGGCAGCAGUGACCACACUUUGACUUGGAAGAGGGCUGGUUUCCAACGCAGGAGAGGAUUAAAGUAGCGACAAGACUGUUUCCCCGUGGCCUAGGACAGGGAAAUGACACUGACUCUGGCACUAAGGCUUGGAGAAUCCUGUCCCCAGAGCAGAUGACUUUGAGCUCUUUGUCUAGGUGGGUGUUUGUCUACGAAAAGGGAUACCAGACUUCAAGUGGCCUCAUCAGCAGUGUGUCUGUGAAACUCAAGGGCCUGGCUGUGACCCAGCUCCAGGGCCUGGGGCCCCAGGUCUGGGAUGUGGCUGACUAUGUCUUCCCAGCACAGGGGGACAGCUCCUUUGUAGUUAUGACCAAUUUCAUCGUGACCCCUCAGCAGGCUCAAGGCUACUGUGCAGAGAACCCAGAAGGUGGCAUAUGUCAGGAUGAUAAUGGCUGCACUCCAGGAAAAGCAGAGAGGAAGGCCCAAGGUAUUCGCUCAGGCAAGUGUGUGCCCUUCAAUAGCACAGUGAAGACCUGUGAGAUCUUUGGCUGGUGUCCUGUGGAGGUGGAUGACAAGAUCCCAAGCCCUGCUCUUCUCCACGAGGCUGAGAAUUUCACCCUCUUCAUCAAGAACAGCAUCAGCUUUCCACGCUUCAAGGUCAACAGGCGCAACCUGGUGGAGGAGGUGAAUGGCACCUACCUGAAGAGAUGCCUCUUCCACAAGACCCUGCACCCGCUGUGCCCAGUCUUCAGCCUUGGCUAUGUGGUGCGCGAGUCAGGCCAGGACUUCCGCAGCCUGGCUGAGAAGGGUGGGGUGGUUGGCAUCACCAUCGACUGGGAGUGUGACCUGGAUUGGCACGUAAGGCACUGCAAACCCAUCUACCAGUUCCAUGGACUAUAUGGGGAGAAAAAUCUGUCUCCAGGCUUCAACUUCAGGUUUGCCAGGCACUUUGUGCAGAACGGGACAAACCGUCGUCACCUCUUCAAGGUGUUUGGGAUUCGCUUUGACAUCCUUGUGGAUGGCAAGGCCGGGAAGUUUGACAUCAUCCCUACUAUGACUACCAUCGGCUCUGGAAUUGGCAUCUUUGGAGUGGCCACAGUUCUUUGUGAUCUCUUGUUGCUCCACAUCCUGCCCAAGAGGCAUUACUACAAGCAGAAGAAGUUCAAAUACGCGGAGGACAUGGGGCCUGGGGAGGGUGAACGUGACCCCGCGGCCACCAGCUCCACUCUGGGCCUGCAGGAGAACAUGAGGACCUCUUGACCUAAGCCUUGGGCUCUGGACUCGACUCAGUGUGCGGUUUCCGGCAAGGGCUGGUGGCUUCGAGCCAGGGCAGAGGCCAUUCCCAGGGGCUUUCCUACCAGGCAGACACCAAGUUGCCCCUCUAGUUCAGAGUGGAGACAGGCGAGACACUGCAAUUCCGAGCUUUGGGUCCAGUUCCACACUUCCCCUCCUGAGGGGUGCCCCCUGCAGUUUCAGCCACUCUGGGUUCAUGUGGUUGGGCUCCUCACACACCUAGACCUUAGCUUUGUGUUUAUGGCUCCGGCUCUCACUGUCCAUCCCAGGGCCUCACCUUCCUAGAUUUGUGCUCUUCCAUAUGGAAGCCGCUAGCCAGAUGUGACAAUUUGAACUUAAAAUAUGAUAAAAAAAAAAAUAUGCCUCCGUUGAACUAGCUAAGUGGACAUGUGUGGCCCAUGGCUACCACACUGGACAGCAUAGGAUGUUUUUCAGUGAGGGAAGUUCUGAAGGAAUUCCCUGGGAGGCUCAUCAACGGUGCAGGUGCCUGGCACACAGCCCACCUCCUAAACCAGAAACACAGGCCACUUUGUACCUGAGGCUUAAGAACGGCUGUCCUGGAGCUUUUGGACUUGUAAGCUCCCAAUCAGCCUCAGGUCAGCCCCAGCCGGCAGCUGUAAGCACUGAGCAGGGGCUCAAACACCCAGCAAGUGUGUAGUGUGCCCGUGUGCCACACAGGCAUUCACAAACCCCCAUGUGCACACACCUCCUACACACACACACACACACACACACACACACACACACACACACACACUCCUCCACCCCCACUGUGGGUUGGAACAGCUUGGGUACUCCAAGUGCAGCCAUCUGAACACACCUACACCCCCAGGCAGGGACACAUGGUCUCCAUACAGUGUCCCCCCCACCCCACAUGGGACGAUGCUCCUUCCUGAGGGAGGCAGGCCAGCCCAGCCCUUCUUAGCCACAGAACCUUACUCAGCUACCUCAGAUGGAGGUAUAAGCUUGAUGAAUCCUGGCUCCUUGCCUGUGGCCCAGUCCCAGCUUCCGUGGCCUGUUCCGUGGCCCAGCUUGGUUGGAACAUGAAGGCUGAGGAGGCAAGGGGUGGGGCACAAUAAAAAGAAAUGGGGACAAA